AUGGGUCCAAAGCAGCAGACAAAAGACCUCAAAGUGGCAGAAGCAGCUCCAGUGGAGGAUGCAGAGCAGGAUGGAGCUACAGGCCAGCCGACUUUGCAGUGCAGUGUUGAAACUGCGUCUGUGGACAUGAACAGUAUUUCUGCCAUGUUGGAAAGAUGUCUUCAGUUCCAGAAUGACUUUGUUGACAGAUGGGACAAAGAAGAGUGUAAGCAAGAAAGGAGAUGGCACCAGAUGCAGGUUGAAAUUAACAAUUUAAGAGAUGAUUUGGAGAAGCAGCAGAAAGCUGAAGCUCAAUCAGGCCCCUCAUCAGAAGCAGAUGGCGAGCCAGCUUCUGGGCAUCAAUCUAGAGGUGAGCCAGUACAAAGAGCAUGGACUCAAUCUGAUAUUCCAAAGUUUGAGGAGGGAGAUGACAUUGAACAAUACCUAACAACCUUUGAAAGGUUAGCAAUGGCAUACCAGUGGCCCGAGAGGGACUGGGCAGUAAGGCUGGUACCUCAUCUUACCGGCAGGGCCCGAGCAGCAUAUGUGGCCAUGGCUGCAGAGGAUUCCUGUGAAUAUGUUGAAGUAAAAGCAGCAAUCUUGACACAGUAUGAGAUUAAUGAAGAAGUUUACCGACAACGAUUUAGAGAACCAGAGGUUCGUGUGAAUGAAACCCCUCGAGAGUUCUACAACCGUCUGAAAGACCUUUACCUGAAGUGGAUGCAACCUCGGAGGAGAAGAAAGGAGGACAUUGGGGAGAUUCUCAUCCUGGAACAGUUCUACAGUUCUUUGUCACCGGAGCUGAGAGUAUGGGUCAAAGAGAGGAACCCAGCAUCGGCACAAGAAGCAGCAGAACUUGUUGAGAACUUCCUGGCUGCAAGGCGGGGACCAAAAACCUUCCGAUACAACCUGCAACAGAAGUCCGGCUUAAUGCAGGGUAAGUCUGUGGGGUUUGGUUUGGGUGGUGGUCCAGGUCAGAUGGCAGGUGUAGAGAAGCAAAGGGGGAAAAUAUUCUCAUCUAAGCCUAAGUCAGAAACAAAACCUAUUGUCUGCUAUUUCUGUGGUCAAGAGGGUCAUAUAAAACCAGAGUGCCCAUUGAGAAAAGCUAAAUCAGCAUAUUUUUGCACUGUACCAAGGCCAGUAUUUGCAGAAGACCAAUUUCAGGGUAAGAAACAAGUCAUGGAGGUUAAAGUAAAUGGAAAGCCAGCCAUUGCUCUUUUAGAUACAGGAAGCGUACAGACCUUAGUCCACCCUGCUAUUCUGAAAAAUCAAUGCUAUCUAGGGGGCCCAGGCCUUGAUAUUUCCUGUGUGCAUGGUGAUCAUAAAACUUACCCCACUGCUGCAGUCUAUUUAGAGGUGGCAAACCAAACUUAUCUAUUAAGUGUUGGUGUAGUGGAAGGUCUUGCCUAUAAAGUCAUUUUGGGUCAGGAUAUUCCAGUUUUACCAGAACUGAUCCAGGCCUGUAAGCCAGUGUAUGUUGUAACCAGAUCACAAACACAAGCUAAACAGUUAGCUGGCGAUGAGGAUUCCGAGCCUAUACCUGAGGCUGUGGAGACAGGCCAACAAAUAAACUCUGAGCCUACUGAUGAGCCGAAUCCUCUGCAAGAACUGCCCUUCUUUAAUUUUAAUAUUCCGUCCGAGAGUGUGGUUAAGGUGAGGAAAAGCAAACAGCAAAGAAGGCUUCAUAAAAUGGCAGGCACAGUUAGGCAAAUAUCAUUGGGAUUGCCAGAUCUUGAUGGGAACAUUGUGGGUUCACAAAUUGACUUCAAGAGAUUACAACAGUCUGAUGAAUCACUGAAGGGUCUUUUUGAUCAAGCAAUUCCUAUCAUUGAUGGAGAAAUUGUUCCACAGGCGUCUACUGGCUUUUCGCCAUUUGAACUUCUUUAUGGCAGGCAGCUGAGGGGUCCUCUGGAUGUUCUUCAAGAGUCCUGGGUUGGCAAGAAGGAUCAGUCAACGAACGUCAUUAGCUACGUUUUAAAUAUGAGACAGAAGAUGGAGGAGACAACCAACCUCGUCAGAAGGCACCUGGAGAAGAUUCAGCAGCAGCAACAGAUCUGGUAUGAUAAAACGGCCAGAUGCAGAUCCUUCAAACCAGGUCAGAAGGUUCUCUUACUACUUCCAACAUCUGACAAUAAACUUUUAGCAAAAUGGCAGGGACCAUACACUGUUGUAAAGAAGCUAAGUGCUACCACCUAUGAGAUUGAGAUGCCUGAGAGAAGGAACACAAAGCAAACCUUUCAUAUCAAUCUGCUUAAGGAGUGGAAAUCCCGGGCUCCGCCCCUUAGUCAGCAGUGCUUUGUGCGUGCUGUGGAAGAGGAAGAUGAUGAUGAGGGUGAGUUGCCAACUGUAAAAGACUCUAUUUCACUUGACGUCUCUCAUCUGACCCUCACCCAGCAACAGGAGUUAGAGACCAUUAUUCCUUCAGAUCUCUUCAAGGAACAACCAGGUUCAACAGACUUGGUGGAACAUGAUAUUCGUCUGAAGGCCAGUGGCCCCAUCCGGCAACGAAUGUAUCGUAUCCCGGAGAAGAUGGCUCCUGUGUUAAAGGAGGAAAUUGAGGUCAUGUUGAAGCUCGGCGUGAUUGAACCAUCCACCAGUGAAUGGAGCAACCCAGUGGUUUUGGUAAUCAAGAAGGAUGGGAGCAUCCGUUUUUGCAUUGACUUUAGAAAGACAGGAAGCUGGGAGCAGCAGAGGCUCUGCCUUGUCUCAUCUGCCAGCAGUCCUUGCUGCCUCUACACCCCCAACUCCACCCUCCGCCUCAACAUGUCUGAUGGUGUGCAGGAGUCCAUGCUGGACGGCUGA